AUGGAACUCGAGAAUACUAUUAGUGUCCAUCCCAAUUCGGGCGAUCUCAUUCCCCUUCUACAAUCCCACCUCCCACGGUCUGGUCCCCUGCUCCGCCGCCUCCAGCAUGACCUGGUUCGCAAAUCUCAAACGGCUCGCUAUUUGGCUACGUUUCCGCCCACAGGCCUGCCAACCAAAACCUCUGGACCACCCUCGCCAUGGCUAGUCGCGUAUGUAGAUUUAUAUGCUUGGCCAGAGACUCAAAUAUGGUUAUACUCGAAUUCUGAAGCAGAAAGCAAGACGGUUCGAGGCGAGAUGUCAACUCUCGCCUCCAGCGACUCUCAUAUUAAUGAAACCCGCGCUCAGCUGAUGGCCUUGAUAUCAUACUGCUUCGAGAAACUUUUGCCAGGGUUUCUUUCCAGCUUAACAGAAAGUUCAGCAAUCAGUGGAAGUCAUGGAAACCGUCCUCCAAAACCGCCUACAACCCUUGUGCUCGGCUCCGUCCAUUCAGGGCUUGCUUGUCUGAUAAAGGAAACUGUGGACCUUCGAACCUUUCUACAAUGUCCAAAAUUCCACAUACCAUACAUAGGGCAUUACUUCAAGUAUUCCUUCCAGCAGUCUGCGCAUGAUUCGACUGUCAACAGCUCGGCCGUUCUACCUCGGAGGUACCGCUUCCGCUCCCGCAGUGGCGUAGAAGGAUACCAACCGUAUCAAUAUGAUCUUAUUAAAAGCCGUUGCGUUAUAGCUCGCUCACAAGAAACAUUGGAAAGGAUGGCAAGUGUCGUAAUUUAUUACGACGACCCUGAGAUCACCGGAACGGCGACAGAUGUUAGUGCAGAAAUGAGUGAGCAAGAAAUGCCCAUUGCUUGGGCUUUCAUGGGCUUUGAUGGCAGUCUCGUGACGCUGCAUGUUGAACCAGAGCAUCGACGUCUGGGAUUGGGUGUUUUAUUGGGGAAAUCGGUGAUGCAUCAAAGUAUGUUUGAUGCGAAGCAAUUCCAUCUUGGAAUGGAGCAUGAAAGGGAAAGGGGAUGGGCAUUUGCUGAUGUGGAGCGGAAAAAUGAAGCGAGUCAACGCACCAUGGAGAAAAUGGGCGGAGAAUUUGCGUGGACGGUCUCAUGGGUUCUUCUUCAACAAUGCGCAGACGAAUAG